AUGUCACCAUUAUCGAGCAAGCAGAGAAUACUAAUUAACCCACUUUUAACUAAUCCAACAAAGUGGCUCGAUAAUGUGCCAAAGAAACAUCACAACAAGUUCAUACAGGAUGGGUUUUACAAUCGCAAUGAGCUAAAUUACAAUCCCUACAUGAAGUCUUUAGUCAAGGUUGAUGCAAAUUCAAGCACCACCGUUCUACCUGUAGGAAAUGCCAUUAGAUUAACAGCUGAUGUGGCCGACGGUACUAUUUCGAAUAAGAAGUCACAAGUGACACUACAUCCCAGGUUGAAUUUCAACCGUGACAGGAGCGAGCCUAGCCGUUUGAUAAGCAACAACCGAGCAUACAUACAAUCUAUUCAAGACAACAUGAAAAUUGCACAGUCGUAUAGGCCGAUGCAAAUGGACAAACUGCAAUUACCGCUGAAGUUUAAAGUCGAUUUUGUUGAGAAUAUGAGCGAUGAGAUUGAAACUUUGUACAAGGAUAAGAUUAAGUCGUUGUUGGGCAAUGUUAGAAUAGAUGAACUGGGAGAUGGAGUACACCUCAUAGAAAUGGAGGGAGUUAGUCGAUGGGAAGAUGGUGUACUAAAAAUCAACAAGUCUCUAAUUGGACUAGAUGAUGACACAUUUGUUACAUUCAAGAACCAUCCACAGCUUUCACAACUCAUUAUCGCCUACUGCGAUUACAAAAGCUAG